AACUUGGACAUUUUUGACUGCCCUUUUAUAAUUGAAAAAAACAAAUAAAAUCGAAGACUUUAAGAGUUAUUUGUCACAAAUUAGAAGCUAUGGUGUGUAAUAGCUAAUCCAUUUCACCCUCACAAAUAGAAUCGAAGACUUUAGGAACUAUUCGUCACAAGUUAGAAGAAGCUAUGGUGUGUAAUAGCUAAUCUAUUUCACCUCACCCAGUGUUCGAUCCCCACGGCAUCCAUAUUUCAUGGCUUUGAGCUUCAGUGAAGUGCCCAGCGAAGACAUCCGGCAAGGUGAAUGGCUGAUUCACAUAAAACAGGGUCUUCAAGCCCAGGAAUGCAUCGCACGCCCCUCAACUGUCUGCAUCUUCAACGUCCCCAAAAUCCUGGUCGACCUGAAGCGCGAUGCUUAUCUCCCACAGGUGGUCUCCAUCGGCCCCUGUUACCAACGCACCACAGAUCUUCACGGCAUGGAGAACCACAAGCUGCGGGCUGCUCAGAGAAUGACCAGACGCCUCCCCGGAAAAACAGACAUUAAUUCCGUGGUCGCAGAGAUUGAGAAAAUGGAUGGUCAAAUAAGAGACAAAUACGAGAAAAUCAUCUACUGCAACUCUGAAACCCUAGCGUGGAUGAUGCUUUUGGACGGUUCCUUUCUGCUGGAGCUGCUCAGGACUCUCGCAGGCAAAGAUCAAACGGAUUCUUCUGACUCUAUGUAUUUCGAGCCCCUUUUUGACAAGAGCCGAAUUAAAUCGGUGGGAUUUGCAGUAUUGGGGGACAUCGUGAAGCUGGAAAAUCAAAUCCCCCUGCUCGUCCUGGACAAGAUUUUACAACUGGAGAGUGGAUCUCAAAAAGAAUCACAGGCCAAGCUGUUUGACUUGCUCUUAAACGCCGCUUCUUCGUUUUUCCCGUUCAAAUACCUGCAGCUUUCACGAUUUGAACUCGAUUCCUCCUUUGUCGGUCGGGAACAUUUUCUGGGUUUCUUGCACGGUGUAACCCUCUCCUUCUUUUCCGGGACAGAGUCUGCUUCUGCUGCUUCUUCUUCUUCUUCAACAGUCCAAAGGCGGUUUAAUUACGUUCUCCCUUCCAUUUCAAGAUUAUGCAAGGCCGGAAUUUGCAUCCGCCCAUACACUGGAGAUGGCGGCAUGGCCCUCAGAUUUGACAAGGAAACCUCUGUUCUCUACCUUCCCGUCUUAAUGAUAUUGGAAACCACUGAAACUGUUCUGAGAAAUCUCAUGGCUAUGGAAGCAUUUCUGCCCUUGGAAUUGCAGGUUGUCUCUUGCUAUGUCGGUUUGAUGAAGAGUUUGAUUUUCACAGAAAAAGAUGUGACGCAGCUAAGAAUGGCGGGGAUCUUUUAUAUCUAUGUAGGAAACGAUGCUCAGGUGGCUCAGUUGUGGGACAGUCUGUGCAAGGGCAUGGCCAUUUCUUCUCUUCAGCCGCUCAAAGCAUUGAAGACAGAGAUAACAGAGGGUUACAGGAGCAAAUGGAGGGUUAGAUUGAUGGACUUCUUUAUCAGCCGUUUCACAAGCCACUGGCGCACCACAAUAUCUGUGCUGGCUGCAACACUCAUUUUCGUGUUUACGCUUAUCCAGACCUUUUCUUCCAUGUAUGGCUUCAAUAAGGGUUCGUAGCCCAGGCCUAAUCGUUAUCAUCCGUACAGUUUGGUUUCUCAUUUGUAAUUAUAGUGAAAGCAAUCGGUACUUUUUUUCCUUCAAUAGAGUAGUUUGACACUCUGCCCCUAAGGAAGAAAAUGAGAGGAUGAUCAUUGAUUAGUUACUGUAUCUUAUGUUUCAGAUCUUCUUGAUGUAGGAGAAAAUUAUAUGACCAUAUGAUCUUAUGUCAAUUGCUAUUGCUAUAUUUGUAGAGAUUUGGAAGUCGUCUUUAUUGAUAUAUGUAAUGGUUAUAUUUUAUACGUUAUGG